AUGGCAAGACGGGAAUCAUGGAUGGGAAGUGGUGUUUUGGUCCGAUGGCGGAAAGAAGGUGGGUUUGGCUUCAUAAAGCCUUCUGAUGGCAGCGAAGAUUUGUUCUGCCAUGUCAGCCAGCUGAGACAAGUCGAGGGCACCAUCAAAGAGGGCGACCGCGUUCGCUAUACAGUCACCCAAGACGGCUUGUCUGGGAAGCGUAUGGCUGGUAACGUUGUGCUCGAUUUGACCCACGGCCGCAGCCGCAGUCGGAGGCGGCGUCGCAGGCAUGGGCCUUGCAUGAGUUUUGCAGGGGCACUUUUGUUUUCUCAGGGUGCUUGGAAGUGCUUGAAGAUCAUGUUUCGCAUAGUUCACGGAGAAGAGUUGCUCGGUUCUUGGGCUCCGUGCACUUGUGGUUCGGGAUGUUCAAAUGUGAGCCCCAGUCCAUCUUUGUCCCAAUCCUAUUCGCAUUCUGAUCCUCAUUCCCACUCCAAUUCCUGCUCCUGUUUCUAUCUCGAUCCCAAUCUCUCUGUCCAUGUUUGUGUUUGGUUAUUCAGGGGCUCUAACCGACAGUUAUUGCCAAUGUUACUCGUAUGUUGUUAUGCCGUGAUGUAUGUUAGGCUUAGGUUGAGGUUGUAA